CACCGCGUAAGUUUUAAUUAUGGCGGCGUGUCUACUGCUUAGUUCUCUGCUUGUGGUUUUGGCUUUAAUCGGCAGUAGCAAUGCGGCUCCCAAUGGGCGUAUUGUCGGUGGUGUCGAUGCCGAUAUUGGACAAUUCCCACACCAGGUCUCACUACAACGUGAAGACGGUUCACACACCUGUGGAGCUUCGAUCAUUAGCGAAAACUAUCUUCUGACAGCGGCACAUUGUGUUGUCGUUGGAAAUGGCAUUGAACCCUAUCCGGCUAAAUACUUCCAAGUGCGUGUAGGCAGUAUUCAACGCACAGUCGGUGGACAACUGUUGAAGUUGAAACGCAUCCUCGUCAAUAAAGCUUAUGGAAAUUUCCUUAACGAUGUAGCACUCUUAGAAUUGGAGAAACCAUUGGUCUUCACCGCAAACAUACAAGCCAUUGAAUUGGCUGAAGAAGAGGUACCAACGGGAGAAGAUGUUAUAAUCUCAGGUUGGGGACGCCUAUACACCAACGGUCCGAUCCCAUAUAGGAUGCAGUGGAACACUUUAAAAGCAUUGACUGUGGAUGAGUGUGAAGAGGCGAUUGGCAUGGGAGACGACAGCUUGAUCUGUUUGGCUCAUCAAGCUAACAAUGGCGCUUGCAAUGGUGACUCUGGUGGUCCAGCUACAUAUAAGGGUAAACUGGUGGGUGUGGCCGGUUUUGUAGUGAAUGGCUGUGGUAGCACUUAUCCAGAUGGUUAUGCUAAGGUGGCUUAUCAUCGCGAAUGGAUUCGUGAAAAUACUGGCGUUUAAAUUAAAAAUUAGAAAAAGUUUAAAAUAAAAAAGCUGGUAAUAAUGUCGAAUGAAUUUCGUUGAGUUAACCUUAAUCAUGUAAAUUUCAAAACUGAUUUAUUGAGGCAGAAUUUCCUGGGAAUUGACCACCGGUUAUGAUGUAACAUAUCUGAGAGAGAAAUAAAUUUAAUAUAU